AUUGUCAAAAAAAUCAGUCGAUCAUUGACAGUGAGAGAGUGUUUACGUGCUUUGCGUCGCAUUUUUCCGAAUUAUAAAAUAUGCCGAAAAAACUAAAAGUGGUUGUAAAGUCCCUAUAUUCACACGAAAUUCGUAAAGAUGUCAGCUUGGAGAGUUUAAAAUCUUUAAAACUCGAGGACGCUUGGCCAUUCAUAAGGGAUGAAAUCGAAAUUGAAAUUGGAAGCAACCAGUUAGUCUGUAUCCCGCAUAUAACAGAAGCCGAUCUGUACAAAGUUACGUCUCUAUUUGUGCCGAAUGAAAAAGAAACAAACGGUAAAAAGUUCACACCACUCGGGGAGUUGAAGAAGAAUAUAAAUAAGGAGAAAUCUGACCCGGAAUACGUUGAUCUUCUGGACCAGGAUGACUUUCAAGAUCACGAUUUUAAGUUUCCCCAUGAAAGCGUAAAGAUAACAUUACAAGAUGAAGCAAUCAAAAACAAAGUUAGAGUGAUCAUGAUAAAUUUCUCCCAAUCAAGAAUUCCAAAAGGCAAAGAUUUUGUCAACAACAUUUAUUUGGAUGUUAAGAACAAUCCAGCUCUGAAAGGAAAGAAGUCAGUUUACAUGAUCACAAGUGUGUUGAUGGCAAAAACCAUAGAGUUCAGAGUGACCCGCGGGACAUCGUCGAGGAUCUUCCAUCUUGGAAAUGCUUCCCCGCUAGUCUUUGGCUUGGAAGAAUUCUUAAUAGGGGAUGAUGGAAAACUGAUUGCUAAGGAACCAGUGACAAUUAAAUCGAAGUUCCUCCAAUGGCAGAAACUCGACCCCUCCGAUCAUCUAUACAUCCCCGAAAAACAGGAGACUGCUUGCGCACAGUAACAAGUAUAACAUUAUUAACAUCAAAUAGUUAUUAGUAACAUGAGUAUUGAGUAGUAUUUAAUGUAAUAAAAUAAAUCCGCGGCUAUAUUAAGAUUAUCGUAGUAUACCCAGUUAAAUUAACAUUUAAGAGCAUUAAAAUAACUUUAGGCUACCCACACAAUACCGAAAUCCUAACAAUAAACUCAUAAAUAAUGAUUCCGAAUAGAUUUGAAAUAAGUUGGCCAUACUCCGACAAAACCACAAGUAAAGUCGUGGAUUUGUUUCUUUUCAACUACUCAUACGAAUUAAAAAUUGUAGAAGCAAUAAGUAAUGCCCAAAUACCCAGCAGAGGUAUGUUAUUUAAAAUAUAAAAAUAAAAGGCUUAGAAUAAUGAAAUUAUUGUGCACUCAGUUCUAGUAAUUAACUGAACGAUCAGGUGAAGCACGAAACUGCUGUAAAGAUGAACUUUGCAGCAUUUUCAUAUUUCACUUGAAGUUUAAGUCCCCUAGCACUAGAUCGUGGCACUAAAAUUUGAAAGAUUUAGGUGAUUUGAGUUAAUUUCGAAAUACCCCCGAUAUUCGCAAACAUCAGUAAAACAGUCAAUAUUUUUUACGGUGGCAUUAUUUCCUUUAAGCACCAUAAAGCGAAUGUAAAAAUUAUUCGCUUAGCUAGAGGAGUCAUCACAACAAUAAAAUACUGCGUUGAUCGGAUUAUGGGUACUUAAUUUAAAAAAAACACAUUAGAAUUAGAGUGCCGUUUAUCUACCUAUAUACUACUUGAAUCGUUAAGUUUCAAGGACCAGUCGAUUACCACUGCUACGCGAAUUAGCGUUUAUACACGUAUAGCUUAAUUAAUAUCUAGCGCCUAAUAGCUAAUAGCCACACGACAAACAACUGAGUAAACAUUGAAUCAUUAACACUAAUAGACGGCUCGGGAAGUCGUCUAUUUACAUUCGUUUAUAUUUCUGUGUUUUUAUGAUGUUUAGGUAUAAAUAAAAAUAUAUAUACCUGCUUUAUUUUAUGCGAAACAAAACCGGUUCAAUUUGCUAACUGUUACAUUUAUGAGAUCUUAACUUCUUUAUGACAGAAUUUCAUAUUGUACAUAUCACAUAAAUAUAAUUCUUUACGAGACGACCCGUACUUUAAUAUAAAAUAUCUUAAAUUAUCUGUACUUUAAUGAUUUUUUUUUAUUGUGAUAAAAUUAUUUACAAACUAUAACUAUUUACAUAUUUGAAACAUAAAAUUGACAUUUGCAUAUUUGAAUAAUAUUAAUUACUUUAUCUUGUCAGGGAGCGUUCGUUUUAUGUGACUGCUACAAUACGUAAAUCAAAGCACAAUCCAUUACAAGAUACGUAAGAAAAUUUGGACCGAUCAGAUAUCGGUUCCAUGGUGUAAUGGUUAGCACUCUGGACUUUGAAUCCAGCGAUCCGAGUUCAAAUCUCGGUGGAACCUGAUAUUUUUUUUAUUUUUUGUUUCAUGUUUAUUUUAUUUUUUUAAUAUUUAUAUUAAUUAUAUUCGCAUUUUUGUUUAUGAUUUCAACAAUUUUUUCUUAAAACAUCACUCUUGAAAAAUUAUGGCAUAGCCAUGACACAAAGGACAAUGGUCUGGUGUUUGUUGAUAGAAUUCAUAAGCGUCUACUAAUGUAAACUAUUACAGUUUGUAGAAAAUAAUUUAUUUAAUUUUUUGAAACAGAGCAAAAGGUCUAAUUAAGUCCAAAAACUAAAAUAUAUUCACAUCAAUUACAUUUAAAUAAUUGAGUAGGGCAACCAUACUAUUUAUACGAAUAUUGCAUAUAUCGGACAACUAGGGACGCGCACGAUACCGAAAAGCCAGUAUCGAAUCGAAUAAAAUAUCGUCAUUGAACACGUAUUCAAUGACAUCAGUUUAAUUUCAGUAGAACAAACAUUUAAACUAAUAUUCAUGACGAAUUAAUAUAAUUAUUUUGAAAUAUAUAUAAAAUAUUUUGUUUUUCAAACAAGUAAUAGUAAUUAAUUUAAAUGCAAUAGGUACACCUAUUUAAUUUAAAUUAAAUUAAAUAGGUGCAAUUUAAAUUAAAUUAAAUUGGCUGCAAUUUACAUUUAAGUAAUAAAAUAACCAAAAUGUAACAGUCAAACAUGUUAAUAACAAUUAUUAACAACGGUAAGCCAUAUGAUAUAUUUUAAUAAUCAAAGGAAAGGAACAAGUGUUUACAAACGUAUUUAUUGUUUAAAUAUGUUCGACAUGAUUUUUAAUAAGGUAAGGUUAAGGUAAAACGUAAGUAAAAAUAGUAAGUAAUAUCCUGAAGAUUACUUAUUGAUUACAAAAAUAACAGUAUCGAAAGGAGAUCGAUAAUCAUUAAUCGAUACUAUAAAGUAUCGAUACUUUUACGUGUUCCUAUGACAAGUCAUUAACAAUUCAACUGUGAACUGUCAGUCAGUUGUCACAUCGGGUCGUAAUUUCGUUGUUUGCGUACUUAAGCGUCUUGUAAAUCUUGUUGCAUUUUUCCGAUACUUAUCAAAUGAUUUUCUGUACCUAUAUUCUUUUUUAACGACCGCUUAUGUUUAUGGACACCGAUUCUCCCGCUAAACUACUGACUUAAAACACUAUUGUAUUAAAUUCCACGUUGGUAUUUAGAUUUAAUUAGGAAGGUUCAUUUUUAUAAAGUAUGUAUAUUAUCCAUGUCUAAGAGAAAAUGGGGAUCAAACCUACUUUUUAUGUUCUUCGAUCGAACCCAAAUACCCGGCUUCAUAAUCAUGGAAUAAUUAAGACUUCAAUUUAAAAAGUAGGUCUCUAUUCGUUGUUGACAAAACAUAACCUCUAAAACUUCAAACAUAAAUAUCUCGAAUUCCAGACUUCACAUAAUAUUAAACCAUAAGAAUUAGUUGUUAAGAAAAUAAUUAUCUAUCAUUUUAUAUUUUUUUCAUUCAUAGACGCUUAAAAAAAAUGUCAGCAAAAAUUUGUUUGGAAAUAGACCAUUGUCCUUUAUUUUUUACAUUUAAUAUGUUAUUUUAAAACAAGAUGUUUAGGCUUAGUUACAUCACAGUAGAUUACAACUAGGUAGUUAAGCUUUUUUUAUUCAGUUUUGUGAUAAUUAGGACAAUAUAUUUAAAGAAAUAUUGUUAAGUAAAUGGUGACUGUUACAAAUUCUAUGAAUAUUCUACAUUCCAAAAAAAGCAGCUAUAUACAUCCUUCAUAUUGUAAACUCUUGCAAUUUACUGUUUACUGACUUACAAUAUUAUUUUUAGUGACAAUGAUAUACUCAGAGGCACAAUUAUCCGCCCACUUUGUAUUCGCGAGUAUAUUAAAGUGGGCGGAUGAUUGUGUCUUUGAGUAUAGUAACUUUUGCGUUAAUUUAGGGUCAUAGCACACAUAUCAAUUCGAAAAGCCGUCCUCUAUUUUUUGCAUGAAACGUAUUGCAACGCACAAACAGCGAUACGCCGACGAUCCCUUUCCGAGUUGAUAUGAGUGUACCUACCUUUAGUUUGAUCAAUUUGGGCCUCCUGUGAUUUUUGGUUUUAACACCAUUGUAUUUUAUUCAAUAAUUAAUUAUAUUUUUAAAGUAUUAUACCUAUCGUAAGUAAGUGAUAUCAAUGUGAUUAAAUUUUUUUUAUCAUUAGUAGAUACAUGUAUGUACUUAAAUUGUUUUACCUAAGUAUGUACUUACUUUGUGUGAUUUGAGUUAAUUUUGUGAUUUGACGUAUGUUCUAGAUAAUAAAUUAAAUAAAAUGAGUUUUAACAG